UUUGUCUCUUGUGAAUGCAUUUCCUGGCUUAGGUGUUCUGACUACCAUGCCACGAUUUUCCUUGUUCCCAUCACAAGAUACUUUCACAGAUGUAUGUAGUUUUUCAAUGUGUUUGGUCUGUUUAUAAUUAAAAUGGGUAGUUUACCUAAUCUAACCUUUGCCUGAUAAUCCCACAUACUUCCAUACUUUGGGCCACACUCUGUAGUUUUUGAUUGUUUUCCUUAUAUAAUAAGUCAGUCACUACUGUAAAUCUUUUCUGUCUGUGGCUGUGCCAUCUGAACAAUAUCAAUACAGAUGGAAUAAUCCAUCUGUAUUGUGUCUUUAGAUAACACAUUUUGAAGACUGAUAUAAAAAAGUAGAAAUUAAGAAAUCACUCAGUUAAAAUGUAAAUGAAGACACUUGCUAACUGAGAUUGUCACUAACCCUGGGCUUAUUUUAUCCUGUAUUUAUCUCUAAAAAUAUUAAGGAAUGUUGAGAAUGUUGACAGUGCUGUGAAAAUGUAGGAGCUCCUGCUAGAUUACGUUCUGUUUUUGUGCAAAUGUUUUGAGAUCAUUUUGCAAUUUUGAAGAUCAGACAAAGUUCUGUUCUGAUCUAAUACUAAAUGAGGAAAAUGGUUUAUUGUGAAAAACAACUGAUCAGCGCAAGAGCCACUUCAAACUACAAUAUCCAUAUUUUCUAAAUAAUUCACUAAAGACAGAAAAUACUUUCUGGAAACAAAUGAAUAUAUUCCUGUAUUUGUAAAUAUGCUGCCUAAGGAUACAUCUCUGCUCCCACCGACUGUUUUGGAGGGGAAAUGCUUGUUCCAGAGUUGAGCUUUGCUGCUGAGUUCCUUCCAGAUGGGAACAAUCAAUCACAAAACAUGGGUUUAAUGAUUGGCCAGCAGUGACCCAAAAGAACACAUAGGUUUGAACAACAGAACUGAGACAAAAGUAGAACUUAUGGAAAUUGUAAAACUAACUUUUUGGAACAAAACAAAACAAAAAAUAUACACUUACAGUCAAGCAUGGUGGUGGUCACGUGGUGGUCUGGGCUUGUGAGUAGGCCACAAUUCCUCCACAGCAAUAAAAUGUCAGUUUUUGCAAAUGUUUGGGAGUUUUUGCUGCCAAGAGUGAAUCCAACAGGGGACAAUUAGUUUUCCACUUAGGGCACUGUUACUUUGGGUUAUUUAACUGAGAUAAUCCUUUACAUUUUGCAUUUUUCAAAUUCACAUUGGUUAUCUCCGUCUAAUAAUAAAAUGAGUUUGAGGACCUUAUCAUUGUAGCUUCACUUGGACUCAAAGGCAAAAACAGGAAAAGAGAAUACAACUGGCUCAAAACACAAAUCUGCAGAUACUGUACAAGAGACUGUCGGUGGCAGAAGAGCUGGGAGGAAAGGUCAGCAAGGAUCUCAGCAUCAUCCUUGAGCAGCUGGGGAACAUGACGCGCGCUGCCAACGUCAGCCACCUCUGGAGCAACACGUCCAGCAGCAGCAGCAGGACUAUGGCAACAGUAAAACAUCCAAUGGAUGACCUGAUCAGACAGCCACUGCCUCAGGCCACUAUUCACUUGUACAUGCCCCACCUCAGGGAGCAUCCCAACAGCCUGGUGCCUCAUGUGGUGCUGGGGAAGGGACGCAGUGGAGUGAGCAUGGUCCUGGGCAUUCCCACGGUGAAGCGUGAGAAGCAGAGCUACCUGGUCAGCACCCUCAGCUCCCUGCUGUCCGGCCUCAGCUCCUCAGAAAUGCAGGAUCUCCUCAUCAUCGUCUUUGUCGCUGAGGUUAUAUGAUGCAGCUUUUUAUUCAAACGAAUGCUAAGCCAUCAUUUUCUUGUUUUUCCUACCUCUAUGGGGUGCCGCCAGGAAUCAUGGGCCCCCUGACAAAAAAUUUGUUUGGACCCCUGCGCAG